UUGGCACUUCUCAGUUUUUGUGUCUGUGACCAUUUUGGAAGUGUUGGUGGCUUUGUCAGAAAUGAUUAUCCUGUAUACUAUGAGGCUGGUUUACCCAUGCAGGAUGUGAAGCCACAAAGUUCCUCCAGCUGGUAUGGUGCUGAUGUAUCAAAUCCCGUUAGUCCUCAAAGAUCAAGGAGUAAAACUUACAGUGCUGCACAAGUUAAGGGUGUGUAUAGCAGUGUAAGCUAUAGUCCUCAAAACAGCUCUUCUGGUUUUGGACCAGUGAAUAAUGUAUAUGAGCCUGGUUCUGACUCUGAUGCUAGUAGUCAACUUCAAGGAUCUCUGAUAUCUUCAUCUGGUAGUGGCAGUCUUGUUUCUGGUUCUGUGACCACUGCAAUUGGUACAAGUAUGCACACUGAGUCUCUACCUGAGCCAAUACAGCUCAACUAUCAAACAGUAGUACAGUCUAGUAAUGAGUCUGUGGUGUCUAGUAGCCAGCAAAUAGUGCAAAACAGCUCUCAGUCCAGUGGCCAACUAAUGGAAGUCAGCUACCAGUCUGCAGUGCAGCCCACUGUCAAGCCUCAGAUAAGUAGACUUCCAGUUGUUUCCAAGUUAUUUUCUGGUAACAGGCCAAUCCAGAUUUUGGGUUCUACCUUUUUGGUCAAGCCUUUGCAGCAGAGAAAUGAGUCCUCACAACCCAGGUAUCAGUUAGGGCAAGCCAGCUCUGACAUCCAACAACCAGGCCAACUCAGCUCACAGUCUGGCCUGCCAUCAGCUCAAGCCAGCUACCAGUUUGUGCCCCAGCUUGGGUUCCAAAAACCUACACAAACCGGCUCCCAGUCAGUGAAACAGCCCAGCAGUCUGCAGUCAGCCCAGGCCAGGUACCAAUCUGUGGUCCAGCCCAGCAGUCUGCAUUCAGCUCAAACCAGCUACCAGUCUGGUAUCCAACAACCAGCUCAAGCCAGCUACCAGUCUGUGGACCAGUCUGGUAUCCAACCAGCCCAAUUCAGCUCACAGUCUGUGGACCAGUUUGGCAUCCAACAACCAGCCCAAUUCAGCUCACAGUCUGUGGACCAGUCUGGCAUCCAACAACCAGCUCAAGCCAGAUACCAGUCUGGAAUCCAACAAACAGCCCAAGCCAGCUACCAGUCUGGCCUGCCAUCAGCUCAAGCCAGAUACCAGCAUGGAAUCCAACAAACAGCCCAAGCCAGCUACCAGUCUGGCCUGCCAUCAGCUCAAGCCAGAUACCAGUAUGGAAUCCAACAACCAGCUCAAGCCAGCUCACAGUCUGUAGACCAGUCUGGCAUCCAACAACCAGAUCAAUCCAGCUAUCAGUCUGUGGACCAGUCUGGCAUCCAACAACCAGAUCAAACCAGCCACCAGUCUGUGGAGCAGUCUGGCAUCCAACAACCAGAUCAAACCAGCUACCAGUCUGUAGACCAGUUUGGCAACGCAAACACAGCCCAAGGCAGCUCACAGUCUGUGGACCAGUCUGGCAUCCAACAACCAGCCCAAUUUAGCUCACAGUCUGUGGACCAGUCUGGAAUCCAACAACCAGCUCAAGCCAGCUACCAAUCUGUGGACCAGUCUGGCGUCCAACAACCAGAUCAAACCAGGUACCAGUCUGUGGACCAGUCUGGCAUCCAACAACCAGAUCAAACCAGCUACCAGUAUGUGGACCAGUCUGGCAUCCAAAAACCAGAUCAACCCAUCUACCAGUCUGUAGACCAGUUUGGCAUUGCAAAUCCAGCUCAAGGCAGCUCACAUUUUGUGGACCAGUCUGGAAUCCAACAACCAGACCAAUUCAGCUCACAGUUUGUGGACCAGUCUGGCAUCCAACAACCAGAUCAAUCCAGCUACCAGUCUGGCAUCCAACAACCAGAUCAAACCAGCUACCAGUCUGUAGACCAGUUUGGCAUCGCAAAUCCAGCCCAAAGCAGCUCACAGUUUGUGGACCAGUCUGGAAUCCAACAACCAGCUCAAGCCAGCUACCAGUCUGUAGACCAGUUUGGCAUCGCAAAUCCAGCCCAAAGCAGCUCACAGUUUGUGGACCAGUCUGGCAUCCAUCAACCAGCCCAAUUCAGCUCACAGUCUGUGGACCAGUCUGGCAUCCAACAACCAGAUCAAACCAGCAACCAGUCUGUAGACCAGCUUGGCAAUGCAAAUCCAGCCCAAGGCAGCUCACAGUUUGUGGACCAGUCUGGAAUCCAACAACCAGCUCAAGCCAGCUACCAGUCUGUAGACCAGUUUGGCAUCGCAAAUCCAGCCCAAAGCAGCUCACAGUUUGUGGACCAGUCUGGCAUCCAUCAACCAGCCCAAUUCAGCUCACAGUCUGUGGACCAGUCUGGCAUCCAACAACCAGAUCAAACCAGCAAUCAGUCUGUAGACCAGCUUGGCAACGCAAAUCCAGCCCAAGGCAGCUCACAGUUUGUGGACCAGUCUGGAAUCCAACAACCAGAUCAAGCCAGUUCACAGUCUGUGGACCAGUCUGGCAUCCAACAACCAGCCCAAUUCAGCUCACAGUCUGGCCUGCCAUCAGCUCAAGCCAGCUACCAGUAUGGAAUCCAACAAACAGCCCAAGCCAGCUCACAGUCUGUGGACCAGUCUGGCAUCCAACAACCAGCUCAAGCCAGCUACCAGUCUGGCAUCCAACAACCAGCCCAAGCCAGGUACCAGUCUGUGUCCCAGCCCAGCGGUCUGCAGUCAGCACAAGCCCGGUACCAAUCUGUGUCCCAGCCCUGUGGUCUGCAGUCAGCUCAAGCCAGGUACCAAUCUGUGUCCCAGCCCAGUGGCCUGCAGUCAGGUCAAGCCAGGUACCAAUCUGUGUCCCAGCCCAGUGGCCUGCAGUCAGCCCAAGCCAGGUACCAGUCGGUGUCCCAUCCCAGUGGUCUGCAGUUAGCACAAGCCCGUUACCAGUCAGUGUCCCAGCCCAGCGGUUUGCUAUCGGCCCAAGCCAGGUACCUGUCUGUGGUCCAGCCCAGCAGUCUGCAUUCAGCUCAAACUAGCUCACAGUUUGUGGAACAAUCGGGUAGCCUGCUGUCAGCCCAAGACCGCUCACAGUCUGUGGACCAGUCUGGCGUCCAACAAGCAGCCCAAGCCAGGUACCAGCCUGUGUCCCUGCCCAGCAGUCUGCAUUCAGCUCAAACCAGCUCAUGGUCUGUGGACCAGUCUGGAAUCCAACAACCAGCCCAAUUCAACUCUCAGUCUAGCCUGCCUUCAGCACAAGCCAGCUACCAGAUUGUGCCACAGCUUGGUUUCCAAAAACCUACAGAAACUGGCUUCCAAUCAGUGAACUGGCCCAGCGGUCUGCAGUCAGCACAAGCACAUGAUCAGUCUUUGGUACAGCCCAGUGGUCUGCCUUCAGCCCAAGCCAGAUACCAGUCUCUAUCCUUGCCCUGCAGUCUGCUGUCAGCCCAAGCCAGCUCGCAGUCUGUGUCCCAGCCCAGCGGUCUGCAGUCAGGCCAAGCCCGUUACCAGUCUGUGUCCCAGCCUAGCAGUCUGCAAUCAGGCCAAGCCCGUUACCAGUCUGUGUCCCAGCCUAGCGGUCUGCAAUCAGGCCAAGCCCGUUACCAGUCUGUGUCCCAGCCAAGUGGUCUGCAAUCAGCCCAAACCAGCUACCAGUCUGGAAUCCAACAAACAGCCCAAGCCAGGUACCAGUCUGUGUCUCAGCCCAGCGGUCUGCAGUCAGCACAAGCCCAUUACCAGUAUGUGUCCCAUCCCAGCGGUCCACAAUCAGGCCAAACCACCUACCAGUCUGUGUCCCGGCAGUCUAGAUUCCACGUCUUUCCUAAGCCAGAACAGUCAAGUUACAUGUCUCUUUCCAGUCUUGGUUCCAAGCCUUUGGAGCAACCGAGUAAACUACCACUUCAAGCUAAGAUUCUGAAACAGUCUCCAGGCUUAUUGAGGUUGCUGCAUCAAGUGAAGACAUAGCUGCAUACUCUGCCUUUGUUUUCUUUUAUUUUUGUUUUUGAAAAAUAAAUAAUCU